ACAUCGCACUUAUCGCACUGCUGGAGCGGGCAGCGCUUUUAGAAACUCUUCAAUAGGCCUCGCGGGUUUCCGUAGAGACGCUCCAAAACAUGGCUGCCUCCAUGUGCUAACGUGAGAGUAAACUAACCGAACUGUGUGUGUGUGUGUGUAGCAGCGAGGAGUUUUCAGUCACUCGCAAGACCACAUCGCUUUUUAUUAACCCUUACCCUGACCAUUUAGAAAACAAGUGUCCGCCUUGAGGGAGGUGUCACAGGCGGUGUACCUUUAUGCUGGUGCGGACAGCUCGGCUCUUCCCCCUCAUCACCUCCCAUCAUCUGCAUCCUUCCUGCACCCGUUCUGCCACACAGACGUUUCAGUUGUGCGUAGGCAUUGCUGCUGCCGCCAGCAGGGGGCUGAGAUCCAUGGAGCCCCUAAAAACUGCCCCAGAGGUUCCCACCACCAAACCUCCUCCCACGACUGCCGAGCCUUUAGCAGAAGAUACAAGCCUGGCACCCACGGACACGACGGCUGACGAGGAGAAGACGCUUCCGGCAGGACUGCUACCUGGGGAGACAGUGGUCAAGGAGGGCAAGGCGGCCAUCUUGUUCCCCAGUGCUAAUGAGGUCUUUUACAACCCAGUCCAGGAGUUUAACAGAGAUUUGACAUGUGCUGUGAUCACAGAGUUUGCCAGAGAUCUGCUGGCCCAGCGCGGGGUGAAGGUGGUGGUGCCCGGAGAGAAAGACAGGGUGGUGGUGUCUCUGUCAGAGGAGACCAACGAGGACGACGCUCAGACGGAGGAGAAAAACGGAGCAGAGUCUCCAGCUGUAACCGCAACAGUGGGGGAGAAAUGCGAGCGCGGCCUUCGCGUGCUGGAGGGUCUGGCGGCGUCCGGUUUGCGCUCUGUGCGUUUCGCUCUGGAAGUCCCGGGCCUGCAGAGCGUCACCGCCAACGACUUCUCCACCAAGGCUGCGGCGCUGAUCGCCCGCAACGCCCAGUACAACGGAGUGAGCCACCUGCUGGAAGCUAGCUGCAGGGACGCCAGUAUGCUGAUGUAUGAAAUGCGAGGGAAGAAGGAGCGUUUUGAUGUAAUCGAUCUGGAUCCCUACGGGAGCCCCGCCGCCUUCUUGGAUGCCGCCGUGCAGGCCGUCAGCGAGGGAGGUCUGUUGUGUGUAACGUGUACAGACAUGGCGGUGAUGGCAGGAAACAGCGGAGAGACCUGCUACAGCAAAUACGGUUCAGUCUCCAUCAAAGCCAAAUACUGCCAUGAGAUGGCUCUUCGUAUCAUCCUCCACAGUUUGGACCAGAGGGCGGGGGUGUACCAGCGGUACAUCCAGCCCCUGCUGUCCGUCAGCGUCGACUUUUACAUCCGGGUCUUUGUACGCGUCUUCACAGGACAGGCCACGGUCAAAAACUCAGCAAGUAAACAGGCUCUGGUCUACAACUGUGUCGGCUGUGGCUCUUUUCACCUACAGAGAAUGGGCCGGAGAACAAGCAAUGGAAAACAUAUGAAGUAUUCUCCUGCUGCCGGACCCCCAGUUGGACCAGAGUGUGAGCACUGUGGACAGAGACAUCAGCUGGGGGGUCCAAUCUGGGCGGAGCCCAUCUAUGACUUGGCAUUUGUCCAGAAGGUUUUGUCUGCUGUGUCAGGGAACCCGUCCCGAUUUGGGACAUCCAAACGCAUUGAGGGUAUGCUCAGCAUGGUGACCGAGGAGCUGGAAGAUGUGCCUCUUUAUUACACUAUGGACAGUCUGAGCAGCACGAUACACUGCAGUACUCCGCCCCUGCUCCAGUUUAAGUCUGCUCUCCUUCAUGCAGGCCACAGGGUUUCCCUCUCUCAUGCCUGUAAGAAUGCCAUCAAGACAGACGCUCCUCCUGCAGCUAUCUGGGACGUCAUGCGAUGCUGGGAGAAGGCCAAUCCUGUGAAGAGGGAGAAGCUGUCGGAGACGAGCCCCGCUUUCAAGAUCCUCUCCACAGAGCCCAGCUUAGAAGCCUGUUUCACUGUGAGGGAGGACGCCAACCCUCAGUCCCGUAAACGCCACCUGACUCGCUUCCAGGAGAAUCCGCAGGCCUUCUGGGGACCCAAAGCUCGAGCCAAAGCUGGUGGCGGUAUCGCUACUAACCUGCAGGACAAGAGGAAGAAGUGCCAGAACAAGAGGAAGAACCAGAUCACAGACUCCUCAGAGGUGAAAAACUUUCACUGCAAGAAGUUCAGACAGGGAACAUGCACAAAUGGAGACAAAUGCGGCUACUCCCACAACCUGGAGCAGACAAAGGAGGAGAAAAUGGAAUGAUUCAGUCUUCUAAAUUAAUGUUUUUUUUUUUUUUAAGUUUUUAUUAAAUCAUUUUAUUUCUGGAGUUUGAAUGGCCCGGUGCAGCCUGGACAAAGGGAGUAUGAUGCACUGCAAGCAGAUGGUAUUUGAAUAGGCCCAAAAACAUAACUGUUACAAUAUUGUUUUUUUCAGAUCUUUUGUUGUUCGACUGUUGUUUCAGUCCAAUAAAGUCCCCCCCCCCCCC